GGGGACACAGCAAUAUUGGAGGGGGCAGAUUCGGACAUCUGUGAUCUGAAUUAAGCGGCCGAAUGAUGCGCCCUGGGCCCCUUUUGCUCUCCCAGGUCACCUCCCAGCUAGUCGCUCGACAGUAACGCCACCACCGCUUCCACGGCCGCUGCUGUCUUCGCGCGAGUGGGUUUACCCUCUCAAUUCAGGGAAGCGACCGGCCAAAAGAGAACAUUCACACAUAAGGGAAAGGACAAGGAUACCGGGACCAUGAUCUUCAUCGACGGUCGCAAGUACGCCUGCGAUGCUUGCAUCCGCGGCCAUCGGGCAUCGACGUGCAACCACACGCAGCGGCAGCUCCAGGCCGUCCGGCCAAAGGGCCGACCAUCGUCGCAGUGCGAGCAGUGCCGCACCAAGCGAGCCACGGGCAGCUUUCACGGCAGGUGCGACUGCGGCGACCGCUCCCAGUCGCCCACCAAUCAGGACGAUGGUGCUAAAGGAGCAGGAGCAGGAGCAGGAGCAGGAGGAGUAGGAGGAGGUCAGACGAGGCUGCUGUCCAGCACGCUGGCGAGCAUCGCGGGCAGCCCCGAAUCGGAGCCCGGCCAGUCCAAGGGCAGGCACUCGCUCGAAUCGCUCAUGAACCCCUGCCGAUGCCGCACGACGGGCAUCUGCACAUGCUGCAAGACUGCCUCGGACCCAAAGGAAGGAGCGGCGGCAAAACGGGGGGCGGCAGAGGCAGAGACAGCGGGAGGAGCCGAGAGCCAGGCCGACAACGGAGGUUCACCCUGUUGCGAUGGGACCCGGUGCUGCUCCGACGCAAUCAACGACUGCGCAUUCCCCGUCAAGGGAUCAGUGGCAAAGAAGAGCUGCUGCUCGGGCAAGAAUGAUGCCGCCUUCUCGCCUCAAACGACAUCGUCGUCUACUGUGGCAGCAGGACCGCACGCCCGCUCCGUCCCUCCAGCCACGUACGACGAGAUGCACGCUGCGCUGGGAACAUCUACCGACUGCCAGUGCGGUCCGACGUGCUCCUGUCCUGGAUGCGAGGGCAACAUGCACCCAGACAGCGAAGAGGACAUUGACGACGACUGUCCGACAAAGUGCGAGACAUGCGUUCCAUGCGCCUUUGGCCUCACUAGGCCCAGUGGCAUCGACGUCGUGGACCAGUGGAUUGCAAAUGACACAGCACCCCCGGGCUCCAUGCCGCCAACGCAACAGGGACAAGCACUGCGAGAAGAUGGAGAGCAGCGAUCAGCGAAGCGUAAACGCAACGACUCCCUGACUGUAUCAGGACGGGCACGCGGCGCCUCCCUUCAACAGAAACAGCAGCAGCAACACGCCCCUGCGCCCUUUACGUUUGAGAGCGCCGACUCGUUCCACCGUACUCACUUUCUCGAUCCUGCUAAGCGCAAUCACUUCUUGUCCCAAAUGUCGGCCGUGUUGCCCAGUGUCAAUCACGCAACAAACCCACCACUACCGCCACGAACACAGGACGGUCGCCAGCUCAAGGGCAGGUUGGACGGGGGGACAGAAGACGCAAGCGUGGGCUACGGUGAACGUCUGCCCGGCGAGACAGACGAAGAGUGGCAGGCGCGCCACGGCUUCUCUCACCUGACGCCGGCCAGCGUCAAGAUCUUUGACCACGCCAGGCAAUUCAGAGAGGCCAAGAAGCGCGCACUGGACGAAGAGGAGACGGUGAGGACGAGGAGGGAGCAGGAAUUGGCCCAACUCAGGGCAAGGGCCUUGGCGGGCAAGAAGACGGCGGCAGCUUGACGCUGCUCUGGCCGUGUACAUGUAGGUGAGUUGCCGUGCAGAGAAGACUGGCCUGCGGAUCGACCAGAGCAUGAUGAUUCUCGAUGUCAUCCUUAAUCUGUAAGCGCCCUGUCUUUCUUUCAAGAUGACGCGGCGGUGAAGAGAAGAUCGAGGCAGCCCUCGUCCCUGCUCUGGUGAUUCAUCGACGCUGUCCAGUACAACACCCGUCGCUCGGCGGUGCAGAUGUACGUCUGCACCGUCGCGGAUGGGGGGAGAGGAACCUUGGAUCGGCCAGAGGGAAGAGAUGGGGAACUGAACGUUUGGUCGUCGCUGCACUACACUUUCUUUCUUCACACCAACGCUGACAUGAUCUCCGUCUCUUGUCAAGCGCAGGGCUGUUGAUAAUUCUCGUGACGACCGGGCUCACAUCUCACACACAAAUGUAUCUAUACGUCUCUCAUUCACAAAAAAAGACUGUC